AUGCUCACUGCUCUUGCCUUGCUUCUUGUGCAGUCUGUGAUUGAACUUCCCGAUGGAAAAAUACUUGGCAGCAAUGUAGGUGGUUCUGGCGGCAGCAGAUCCUCUAAUGGACAGGUAGGCGACUGGAUUCGGGGGGCUCCUGCUCUCGGAAUGUCAAGUUUGGAUUCGACUGUUGGAACUGGAGGUCCGAACAACAGAAGUCGAAUCGACGACGAAGUAGUGAUAAUCACCUCUUAUCAAAACGCCAUGAGAACGGCACACACAUUCCUACUCGUUUUUCUCAGAAAGUAUGUUUUUUUCUUUGAUAUUUAG